UUGAUGCAGCUGAAUAUGGCCACGCGGGUUCGACCGAGUAGUAAGCGCUGUGCGGUAAUAGGGGGCUCAGGUUUCCUGGGCAGACACCUGGUGGAGAAGCUGGUGGAGCGUGGCUACACUGUGUCAGUAUUCGACAUACGACAGAGCUACGAGCUGCCGGGCGUCACCUUCCACCAGGGAGACCUCUGCAACUUGCAGGCUCUGCUGCCAGCACUUAAGGGUGUCUCUCUGGUGUUCCACUGUGCCUCUCCGUCACCCGCUAGUGACGACAGGGGCCUGUUUGAGAGGGUCAACAUUCAAGGUACAAGCACUGUCAUUCAGGCCUGCACUGAAGUCGGAGUACAGAAAUUGGUGCUGACAAGUAGUGCUAGCGUGGUGUUUGAGGGAUCUGACAUAAAGAAUGGGAGAGAAGAUUUGCCCUAUGCCAAGAAGCCUAUUGACUACUACACAGAGACCAAGAUCGAGCAAGAGAAGUUGGUCCUGGAGGCUUGUGACAAGCAGAAGGGUUUCGUCACCGUUGCCAUCCGUCCUCAUGGCAUCUUCGGACCUCGGGACCCGCAGCUGGUCCCCAUUCUGGUGGAUACAGCUCGCAAGGGCAAGAUGAAGUUCAUCAUUGGUGACGGUACCAACCUGGUGGAUUUCACCUUUGUAGAAAACGUUGUACACGGACACAUCCUGGCUGCUGAGCACCUGAGGCCCGACUCUCCCAUAUGUGGAAAGCCAUAUCAUAUCACUAAUGAUGAACCGGUUCGGUUUUGGGACUUCAUGUCAGACUUGUUGGUUGGUCUGGGUUACGCUGCUCCACGUUACCACCUGCCCUAUAUGCUCGUGUAUGGUCUGGCCGUUCUGCUUUGGCUGCUGGCUCUGCUGCUUCGCCCCCUGAUGUCCUUCAAACCUACGUUUACGCCAAUGAGAGUGGCUCUGGCCGGUACCCACCACUACUACAGCUGUGACAGAGCCAAGCAGGACAUGGGCUACAAGCCGCUGGUCAGCCUGAAGGAGGGGAUCACACGUACUGUGCAAAGCUAUCCUCAUCUCAGGCAGAAUGCUUAAUAGUAGAGUAAAAGUCAUAGUAGCAGUUGAGGCACAUGCACUGAAUGGACUAAUCUAAGUGGACACCAUUUCAAACUAUGAAACCUUGCAGGUGGGCAGCAUUUUUGUGCCUUUUCUAUUGUAAUGUUACAUUUGCACCAGCAGAUAGCAGUAGUUUGUCCUUUCAGUCAGAAGGUUCACCAACCACACCUGCAGUAUCUAAUGUGAUCCAAUAGAAAAUGAGUCUAAAAUACUGGAUUUAGAACUGUAAUUAUGCUUAUUCACUGUCAAAGGGUGGAAGAAUCAACACCGUUUAAUAUUGAGUUCACAGAUGUAGUGGUUCACUCGCCUGACUUUUGUGCAGGCACCGUGGGUUCAGUUCCCAAUGACAGACGUGAAGGGUCAUCUCAUCCAUCUCUUUAGUCAGAAUUGGCACCAGCUCCCUAUAAACCUGAACAGGAUAAGUGGUGUAGAAAAUGGAUGGUGAUUCAUAUUUUGGGAAAGAUUAGGUAUAUGAAGAAUUAUUCAAAUUGAAAAGCAUUUGCACAGUAUGUCCUUUUCCAUGCCACAACAAAGAAAAAUGUGUUUAUGCCCCAAAAUUGUCCAAGAUAUGAAUGAUUUCGGGGUUUAACUGUUGCUAAACAAGCUAACAAAUCUGAUGCAGGGCAGUUCUAGUCCACUCUUAAAUAUAACCAUAAUAAUAAAUGUCAAUCAAAACUGAACAUUAUGUUUUUAGGCAGAAUAUUUGUUCUAUCUUUUGUAUUGGAUCUCAUUGGAUUACGUAGAUUGGAGGCUCUUGUUCUAUACACACACAUUCAUAAUAAAAACUGCUUCAAGAUAUUUUUUACAAGACAUGUCAUGUUAUCUCUGUGUUCUGUCCAAGUUAUCAGUCCGCAAUGUUAUUAGUUGCCAUUACAAGUGAGCACCCAAAUUCUGUUUCCCUUUCCCGCAUUGUAGUGAGUGUAUUGCGCAAAGCAAAAGUCCAUGAAGAUAUGCCUUUGUAUUUUUUGAUUCAAGGAACAGAAGUGGCCCUUGAAGGCUGCCUUCCAUUUCAUCUGAUGCUUUAUGUAAUGAAUUACAACACUGACUCUUCCUGUCCUUUAUUGCCUAUUCUCACUAAUGCUAAGAGCCCUGUAGCCAAACUCUAAAUAUCUUAUUGGACCUCUUUCCCAGAUGAUAGAAAGCUGUUAUAAAAAUGUACUGUACUUCAAUACAAUUAAAUAAA